AUGUCCACCCCACACCUCGACGCCCUCCAGCGCGACGGCUUCGUCGUCGUCCGCAACCUCCUCACCCCAUCCCAAAUCACCGAAUACCGCGCCGCCGCCAUCAAAGUCACCACCAAAACCCGCACCGGCGGCUGGCCGCAUUUCCGCACCGUCCCCAAGCAAUUCCCCCCCUGGCCCUCGACCCCUCCCCCGGCCUCUGAGGGCGGCAUCUGGGGCGUCCAGCACCUGCUGCACCCGGAGAUGGAGGGCCGCGAGCUCUUCGCCCGCUGCUACUUCUCGCCGAGCAUCCUCGGCGUCGUGGAAGAGCUCCUCGGGGUGCAGGGCGGCUCGGACGAGCAGCUCGUCAUGGAGCUGUUCAACCUGCUCGUUGCGCCGGAGACCAAGGACUUCGAGCUCCGCUGGCACCGCGAUGAUAUCCCCGAGACGGCGAGUGCGGAGGAGGAGGUCGCGCAGCUUGCGGCGAAGAGUCCCCGGCGGGCGCCAUAUAACCUGGCGCUGUGCCCCGAUGCGUCGCUAAUUGUGGUGCCGGGGUCGCACCGGCGGGCGAGGACGGAGGUGGAGCGCAGUGCGGGGCCGUACGAGGCUACGUUGCCCGGUCAGUUGGUGGUGGAGUUGCAGCCGGGUGAUGCCGUGUUUUAUGAUAGUAAUAUCUUGCAUCGGGGGGUGUAUAAGGGCAAGGCCGAAGGCGGGGAGGAGACGAGGUUGACGCUGCAUGGGAGUUUUGGGUUGAAGGCGGACGGGGAGGGGGAUGCGGAGAAGAUGAAGGUUCGGGCGACGGCGGUGCUGCAGCAUGGAGUUGGGGCUUGGGUGAAGCGGGAUGAUGCUGCGUUUGGCAUUGGAGAGAGGCCGGAGAAGAUGAGGGCGAACUUGGUGGCUAUGGGGUCGGGGAGGGGGUUGGAUAUUCUUUGCAGGGUUAGAUUGGGAUUGGCAAUAUCUCUUUUCUUGUAUACUGUUGGCGAAGGAACCAGGCAAUCCGGGCACUAG